AUGCUCCUCGCCGCCUCUCUCUUCGCCACCACGCACGUCGUCCUCCAGUCCCCCACGCCAAGGACUGACAACGACUACCUCUACACCUUCGACGGAAGCUGCGAUGGAGCGCAGUGCGACAGCUUUUGCGGCGACGCCGUUGGCACCGGCCCAGUCACGACACUCACGCCCGGUCCACUCACGGUCCGGUGGGGAGUGGCGCAGAGCCACCCGCCCUACAAGUUUCGGAUCUCGCUAAAUCGCGUUCCUCUCACUGACGACAACUUUGAUGACCCCGCCAACCUCCUCGGCGUGCACAUUGGAACACAGGAGUAUGCCUACGACACCUCGCACGAGGUCAUCAUCCCCGAGACGCCUGCCUGCGAACACCAGCCGUGCACGCUCCAGCUCUACGAUCUCUACUACUUUGUGUCGUGCGCUAAUGUCCGCAUCAUCACCCCCAGCACCGUGUGGACGGAGCGGCUCUGCUGCGUCUUUACCUGGGUGGAGCUGGCUGCUGUUUCGGCUAGCCACAUGACCAACUACGAUUCCUCCACCAUCGCCUACUCUGGAACGUUCCAACAGAUAGCAGCCGCUGCCUACCGUGACAUCUGCAACAUGCCGAUGGGAGAGAGGGCGGCGAGCGCCUCGGCUCGGCUUGUCGUCGGGGAGGAGAGCAGCCGGUAUUGGAGCGGCGUGCGCUCCUCGCCCGACAGCCGCCUGGAGGUCGCGGUGGGCACUUCCCUCGAAUUCCGCUAUAACUACGCGCACGACCUGUGGCUGCUCCCCGGUGAGAAGGCGUACCGCGAGUGCGACUUUUCGGCCGCCACACAGCUGGCCGGCCUCGGGCAGGGAGGGGGCCAAGGCACCUGGCCUAACCUCUACGAGGCGCCUCUCUGCUUGUGGUGCAAGCCGUUGGGGGACGCGGUGGUGGACCGGCCCGGCGUACUGCUGCUUGCUUGCUCUGUGGGGAUCUCUCGCAGCCACUGCGGCCAAGGUCAGCGGAUUCGCGUCGUCGUCGUCCCGAAGAACGCAGACGGGUACGUGACGAUCGGGCCCGCGGAGCUCAAGGCUAAGCUCGACGCCGGCGCAUUCGGCGCGGUCGUCGACGUGCGCCGCAGGGAGGAGUGGGACGCGGGGCACAUCGCGGGCGCGACGUUGCUGGCCAGUUUCAACACCGCCGGCUUCUCCGCGGCAGGCGCGGAGCAGCUUGAAGGCUGCAAGCGGUGCGCGGUGGCGGUCUAUUGCAACUCGGGCAGGCGGUCCAAGGAAGCCGCCGGAGUACUGGUCAGCGCCGGCUUCACCGAGGUGUACGACGGCCUCGGGAUCGUGCAGUGGCUGGAAGAUGGGAGUGGCUUGGGCGGCUCCAGCGGAGAGCGAGGCUGCGUUGUUCGCAUGUUUGCAUAA